AUGGCCUCAAACAUCUCCAACGAUCUGGUCUGGCAGAUCACCCGCAACCAGAACGCCUUCCUGGUUAACCGCAACUCCGCCGGUGGCUUCCAGUUCUCCCGGGACCCCCUGAACCUGCUGAACAAGCACUCCUACAAGUAUGCCGGUUAUGCCAACAACAAGGCUGUCGGUGUCCAGGCUACUGAGAACGGUGUUGCCGUGAUCACCAAGAAGCCCAGCAACCCCCAGCAGCCCGCUCAGAACGUGGUCACUGUGACCUACGGUCCCAGCACCUCCACCCGCAAGAUCUACAAGGGUGUUGCCGACAAGACUGCUAAGAACAACUACCGUGCUGAUCUCCGCGAGGAGGCCGUCGCCCGUGUCAGCGCCGUCCGUCGCUCCCAGCUCCCCAAGAAGGAUACUCCUGCCCAGAAGCCCCGUGGUGCUAAGGCCCGCAAGGCUGAGGAGUCCGAGUAA